AUGGCAACUUUAGUCUUGUCUAAAUCCGAUUGUUCCGACAAAAGACAUCGUAUUAAAUCUGCAAUCGAUUGGGGUACAGGUAAACCACGGAUUAAAGCGAAUAGAUCAGGUUCUUUUCGUUUAUCGGGCACUUUCCUGCAUAGUGGUGAACCAAUUUUGCAAACAUAUCGAAAUACAGCUUUAACAUUAAGUAAUCUACGAACUAACGAUGAAUUAGUACCUGCACCACUUCAUACAACGAAUAUCACUUCGCAUGAAUUAUCAUCAGAAUUUCCCUCAAAUCAUCCAUUUGCAUCUCAUAUAUCUGACAAAGCUGUUUUCCCGACAGCAACCGCUAAUUUGCAUGAUCGUCCUUCAACAUGUACUGAUCCUUAUGUUGUAACACAUAAGAUUCGAGGUAAUCCAUUUCGUCGUGAAGUGCAUUACUACGGAUUUCAACAAGAGCAUCAUCGAGCUUUGAAAUGGCCAGAUCAACAUCGUAUGCAAUUAUCUCGAUCACUAAGUAACACUGAAACAUCAUCAUCGAUUUAUCCUUGGCCACGCAAAAUAUUUGCCCCCAACAAUAAAAAGUCAAUUCCAAAUUCACCAAAAAAUAAUUCGAAUAAAAUUAAAGAACGACAUUCACUUGAAACUACUUAUCAAAGUAAUUAUUCAAAUCAAGAAGGAUUAGCUUCUCGUAGUGAGUACGACGAAACAAUAAUAAAGUCACCUUCACCGAAUGAACAACUGAAACCUCAUUUUAACGAGACAUUCGAAUCAACAAUUCCAAUAGAAGAUAUGCAGACUAUCCACAUGAACGGAAAUCAUCAACAAUCGACUGAUCUUGAACAAUACUACGCACCAAUAGAAACAAUACAAACUAUGAGUUUAAAUGAAAAACUCGAUGAUCAUUUGCGUAAUGGAACAGAUUAUAUUAAUUUUCCUGAGCAUGUUUAUUCAACUCAACGAGCACCAACAUGGAUUCCUGAAGAAGAAGCAUUAAAUUAUACUCAAGUUAAACCCCGUGAAAUUCGUUAUCUUGAUCAACUUCGACCAACAUCAAAAGGCAGUCAAUUACUGAAUGAUCAUUAUGCAAGUCAUCGACAAAUGGACGCAGAAAAUCGUCUUCAACAAUUAGAAGUUAUUCGUCCAACAGAAAAUAUUAAUUUACUUAAUGUUAAAUUACAAAGUCUCCAACAUCCACGUCAUGCUCGACCUAUUUUACCUCAAUAUCGUGAUGAUUAUGUCAACACAUUAUAUGAUCAAGUGGGUACAUAUGUUCAAGAACGAUCAGGUCUCUAUCAUACUCAAAACUAUGAUCCAAAUGUGCUUGUUCAAGCAAUACCAGACCUUGAAUAUCAACAAGAGAACACUACAACAGAAAAUGAAGUUGAUCAAUUAUUGAAUACCGGUGAACAAAUUCAAAAUAGAGCUAAUCCAGUAUUAUUCCAACGUCGAGCACUUGGUGAUUAUCAAAAUAUGCGGAAUCAUCUUCUCCGCAAAUUAAGUGUUCCACAUGAUGCUUCUACUGUUGAUAGUCGUACACAGGAAGGUAAAAAACAAUUUGUUCAACGUGAAACUAUCUAUGGUCAAGGAUACAAUACGAAAAAGUUUCUUCAAGAAAAUACUCUAUUAAAUAAUGCACGUAUUGAUCCAAGUCGUUUAAUGAGUACGACAUAUAAUAAUGAUCUUGAACGAGUACGAAGUUUAAAUAGUUAUCCAAUGAAAGCCAUUUCAAAUUCAUCAAUGAACAAUUAUUCAGAAUUUCCCAAUGCUAAUCUUGUUAGUCCAGUUAUUCGUCCAUCAGCGUCGGCUGAAUUGUAUAAAACAAAUUCUAUUAAUGAACAUACAAAUGGAUAUUUACGUCGACCAACAGUUCGUGUUUAUGAUUCACCAUUUAAAACUGAUCAUAAUACAACAGUAAAUAAAGUAUUUCAACAACAAACAGUUCUGCCACAAUCGAAUCCUUCUCUUCAAGUGCCUCCACAAAUUCCACGUUCAGUUAAAACAAAUUUACGUUUACCAGGUCCAGAAGUUGUUGCUCGAUUUACUGAGCCCAACAUUGAUCCACCUACCACCUAUCAACGUUCAUACAAAGAUAUAUCUUAUCACGAGACAAUCCCUCAAAUAAAACGGCCAACAAAAAAUAAUCCUCAAGACUCAAAUCGUUCAUCGCAUGUUCUUCUUAGAGAAUGUAGAAUACUCGAUCUUCAAGAUCAAUGGUCAAAAACUCAAGCCCAACAACAGUAUCAUAUUGAACAUCCAGAAGCUGUACCUUAUGUUGGCGCUGGUACAAUGCGAGCUAAAAAAGAAAUCCUUAUAGCUGAUGCGAUUGCUAAAAAAGCAAUGAUGACAGUUAGAUGA